AAGCAGGGACUAGAUAGGCAACGUUUUUUUGAUGUACUUUCUUCCACAAGUUUGAUAGACCAUUGAUUAGUGUUAGGUGGGUUUACGGACUGAUCAAAACAGUGAUUUUAUUGUAAAAGCUUCUUGUAAGGUGUGGGAGGUGGAAGGAUGAGUGAUUGAGUCACUCACAAUGGUAUUUGUAGCGUAGUUGUAACAUUAAGUUGACAAAUGGAGUCUCCAGGUAAAGGAAAAUCAGAAGAUGGCCCGACGAGAGAAGAGUUUGCUGAGCAAAUUGUUCAGCUAACAUAUCUGGUACAGGAGAUGAAAGAUGGAUUUGUGAGUGCGAUGCAAGAGUUGUCCGUCAUUCAAAGUGAGGACCUAGCCCUUCAUGAUCAAGUUACAAAGCACAAAGAAGACGUGAACAACCAACUAACAGACCUCACUAAUGCUGUUAAGGAAAUCAAGACUGAAAUGAGAGAGGCAUUGUCCAAAGUUAAACAGAAUACUGCCGCUACUCAACAUCUUAGUGAGCAAGUAGAACAUUUACAGUACGAACGAACAUUACUGAUUAAAAACUCGGAGGUCGUACGAAAGAAACACUUGAAGACGACAUACCGUGCAGAGACUCCAGACCAUGAGGAUGACAACAGGAAAGAAAAAUUGAAUGAUUCUGAUGCGGAUGUUGCCGAUGAAAAGCUUGAUAUAUCUAACUUGAGUAUUUUAGAUUAUGAUUCUGAUGCAUCAAAUGAUGAGCUUGACCUCGAUAAUAAGGAGGAGUACUACAAAGACUUGGGCGAGAAGGAUUCUGCAAUGAGUGACAUGGAGGAGAAACAAGUGGAUGGCAUCAAUGUUGCUGUCAAACGUGUCGUGGAAUUAGGAAGACGAAAUGAGGGGUCAGGUGCAUCCUGUAGCAGUUCUUUUGGGGCCACAGACUUCCCACCAAAACAGACAGAGUACAUAUCAUCUGAAGAAGCUCUGAGGCAAACUCUGGCCAAGCAGUUCCUAGAAUCAGAAAGACGUUAUGUAAACCAGUUACUAACAACACAAGAGCAGUUUAAUAACCCCCUGCUUGGGGAAGGGUUUAUCCCCCAGCCAGAUAUCAGUCUGAUGUUCCCAAAUGAGCUGGCUUCAUUACUACAGAUACACAAAUCAUUGCUAGCUUCUCUGCAUAGUCGUCUGAACACUUGGAAGUGGCAAGGCAUGAUGGGGGAUAUAUUAGCAAGAAUCACUGAUACAUACAAUGUUAAUACACUUGAAGUGUACACAAGUUACAUUGCUAAUUUUCCAAGAUCAUUAUCUAAGAUAAGCUACUACUGUCAAAAGUCACACACUUACAGAAAAUUUCUAAGGAAACAGCUGUCUGGUUUGGGGUUUAUUGAGUCCGAUCUGGUCAGUAAUUUGCUUAGUCCUGUUCAGCGUAUACCUCAGUAUGUUAUCUUUCUAAAGCAAUUGUCUAAAUGUACAACAGCAGAUCACCCAGACUAUAUCUAUGUACAGUCAUCUAUGAAGCGCUUAAACGAUUUUGUAACAGACCACAAAACAGUUAUAGAGACUGCUAUAGAGACAACCAAGGACUUCCCUAUUAUUCUCUAUAAGAGAAAAGAAAAUAAAUCAUCAAACUAUUGUGAUAAUACAAGCAUGAAUGCUAAAUCACCAAGCCAGGUUAGCUCAACAAAAGACAGUGGAAUCCACUCAAACGAUGAACAAAUACCCGAAUCCAGAACGAACAGAUUGAUUGAGGAACUAAGUCACACCCACCAGUUAUUGAGUGAACUUGCUGCGAGCCCAGUGUUCCAACUCAAAUCUACUGAUACGCUGCAUGGAUCUCAAUUUUCUGAUUUCAGAUCAAAAGCUAUGAACAAAUAUCACGCAAAAUCUCGUAAUAAGACUAGGCUGCGCCAAAAGAUGCUACAGUUUAGAUCAGCACCAUCUCUGAACAGCAUGAAUGCAGGUUUUGUUGAAGAGUUGGGGCAAUCCGACGAUGUUUGGAUGAAAAACUCUAAUGUAGAUAGUUAUCCUGAUCCAAAUCUUGCGAAAUCUCAACCAGCAUUGGCGAGAUAUGGUCUGCUUCCUAGUAACCAUAACUUAGGUCAGUUAGGUUUAAUUCACAGUAACCAUGGUAAUGUAGCUCAGCUGACAGGUGGAUACAGUUUGAUGCCUGACAUGGUGAUUCCUCAUGCUGAAAUAAAUGACAUCAGUAAUUCACCAUAUCUGACAGAAAAAUUUGACUUUUCUAAGCCAAGGUUUUUUGGUAGUAAACAACAACGGACACUUCCAUCUGCACCAACUUACGGCAUAUAUGGCGCAGACGACACCGAUUUGGAUAGUGUUUGCUAUGUGCCAUCAACGCUUACAAAUGCACCAUCACGAACAAUGCAGUUAAGAACAAGGAAUACGGUCAAUGCGAGAGUUGAAGAAAGUAGUAAAAUAACGGGUUGUGAUGAUGGCGAGAGCUCCAGCUUUCCAAUACGUGAAAGUCCAGUACGAGAUGCAGAGGAUUUAAUGUACAAAAGCUUACCAAUUAUUGCUCCUUGUGAAAGUCCUGUAUGUCAAAAGUCAUCCGACACAUACGGAACACCAACUUACGAUUCUAUGUCAGUCGGUGGUGCUAGUGUCGCAUCUGAGCAUUCUAAACACUUCUCUCAACCAGAUUUACGCAAGAUUAGUCAGUCUCAGAAUCGCAAAAAAGAAAACAUGGCAGACAAUGCAAUGCCAACGCCGAUGACAGUAUGGCAUGAAGCGAAAGAGGAUGAACUAGCGAGUGAUCAUAAAGUGAAAUCACAUAUCAAGAGGCGUGUAACAGAAGACUCAAAGGUGUCAUCUAAGAAAUCCUUCAAAGAUUCACUGAAAAACAUAUUCUUCAGGAAACGAGGUCAGACAAGCAAAAUUGUCCAGAUUACUGAGCACAAAAGUGAGCCGGAGUUGAAAGAGAGGUCUGAUGAACUUUUCUGCACAAGAACAAUGCAGCCGGUGUUAGGCUCCACUUACCAGGAUGAGAAUGGAGAUCCCUGUAGUACAGUGUAGCAUUGUGGCAGGACAGGUGCAAUAGAUGGUGCUAUUUCUUCCUUUGUAUCAAAGUCUUCAAUUGAUUAAGAAGGUGAACAACUUUGUGAUAUAAUGUAUAUAAUGAAUUACGGUAUUUAUAAUUAUUACAGUAUUGAUGAAAUAAAUGUCUUUCCAAAUCUAUAUAAGGUGCAUGGAUGCUCUAUCUGAAACUUUAUAAAAAUGUAAAUAGAUUAAGCUAAAGUUUUAUGACUUUUUAAAUACUAUUUGAAUGCUCCACCAUUAUGAGGCCAAUUUUUAUAAUAUAUUUUAUUGCAGGAUAAAGUUCUCAAUUUAGAUAAAAAUGAUAAGUAUACUCUAUUGCUGAAAAUACACACACUGAAUUACGUAUGAAUUGAAUAAAGAUAAUAUGGGGGGCAACUUCAUUUUCCCAUUAGGAAUACAUUUUCCCCAAAGUAUUUUGUACAGGUACUGUUAAUUGAUAUAUCAAACUAAAGCAAAAUUCAGCAACACUAAGGCCUGUUUUCCACUAGGCAUAUUUAUUUGCGCGAAUCGAAAGCGUUGCUUUACUUCCUGAGCUCUGAUUGGCUGCGCAUUUUUUAUGCCUCCCAAAAAGUAGAAACAGCACGAACUACCAAUUUUGCUGAAGCGAAAAAACUCUGAUAGAAGUGUGCAUGCGCAUGAACGAUGCUUUUGAUUCUCACGAAUAAAUUCACCUAGUGGAAACUGGCUUAAGGCAAUUGAUGUCCAGUGCUCUGAAGCCACUGAUGUUUGAGAAGUGCAUUUGAACUACUGACCCUCAAGUCCACCAUUUAGUUGACUCUUCCAAUCCAAUUAACUUUCUACACAUUUCACCCAACAAUUUGUCACUAACCCUAGUAUUAAAAAGCAGUUAUAAUGCUCAUUGAUAUAGGAAUAUUGUUCUUAUGCCCACAAUUUCAAGUCUCAAUGGUAAAGUCUGCCUGUAGAAAACUAUGAAAGCAUUAACUUAAUCCUUUUGCACAAAUAUAAAAGGAAAUGCGAGAUCACUGUAAAGAUAUUGCCCAAUUAGGAGGGCAUAACUGAAUAGUAUUUUUCCGUUCCUCACAAAAAACAAUUACUUCAUAAAUACAUAAUAUAAAUUUGACAUCCGAAAACCAUUUAGCUGGGUGCUCUUCAUUUUUAUACAAAUCCGCUAUGUUACGGAUGAUCCAUUUCCUGAAGGAAUACCACAAAUGCUCAAAUAAGCGCUGCGGCGCUUAUAAAAUUUUUGGAGGCUUCAGUGCGGCGCUUGUAUAUUGACGUGGCCCUUUCAAUGACUGUUCCUGGGAUAUUACCUAUCUCGCGUUCCCAUAGUUCAGUAGGCUUAUCAUAGGUCCUAUGUCAUCGUAAAUAAAUGUUUAUAAAGAACUGCUUGUGUGUUUGUUGUGUUAUUUAUUCAUUUUAGUACUGUAUACAUUGUAUUUAAAACCCUGUUUCUCAAAGUGUUUCAUUACACACUGGGUAAUGUAUACUCUUGAAUAUGUGGCACUUAGCGAAAAAAUCAUGUUGGUGCGGCACUUAUUGGAGCUUUUACAGUAUAUUUCUUUUUCAUAAAUGUAUGUUAGUUUCAAAAUAAAUUUCAAAUGCUGUAAUUUAUCACUAUAUAAUAUGGUUUAGACUUAAAAGAAUGUGCAAUAAAUUUGAUGUGUAAACUCAUUUGAAACUGUCCUUUGCAUUUUAUUGUUUGAUGUUUUAAGACGUUUGUUCUUGUACAGUACUGUAUUCUAUUUUAGUGCUAGUCAUUGCCUGUCAUUUUAAUGUUUUAAAUAUUUUUAAAUUAUUUUAUUAAAAGAACCCAAAUGAGACCAGCAACACACACACACCCCCACUAACCCAGACAGAAACAUUAAAAUCAAGAAUCAUAGAAUAACAAAUCCAUUAAUUUUUAAUUAAUAAAUACAUCAAAUCCUGUCACUGCAUGACUUUUUCUCAUGACUAAAAAAUAAGUGUGUGUACUGUUGAAUGUGAAAAAAAAAAUCAAAAAAAAUCUUUCAUAUUAUGUUGAACUAGUAAACCAACAAUAUUAAAAGCACCUUGAGUUAAAAA